CAUCUAAUCGUCAGAUCUUCAUUUCUCUCUCUCUCUCUCUCUUUCUCUUCUUCUCUUUUUCUCUCUCUCUGUUCUCUCAAUUAUCUUAAAUAGAUUUCCACUUUCAACAUCUAUAAAAACGUCAUUUCUCAUCCUCAUCCUGAUUCACUUUCUCCCAACAGGUAAACAAUCUGAUCGGUUUUUCAUAUUUUCUUCCCUCGCUGGAGAUUUUCAUUGACUUGUUUUCUAAUUACUAAUUGUGUUAUUAAAUCAACAAAAUCAAGACAAUGGCUGAUUAUUAUUAUAAACGAAAUCACAUGCCAAUGCCUCAUUGGAUCGAUGCUGAAGGUGGUUUUGUCCCUUAUGGAGAAGCGGUUGUUGGUGGAAUGGACAUUAACGGUGAAACUCUUUAUGUCGGUCGAGCUCUUCAAGAAGGUGAAUGUAUCCCUGGUAAAGUAGUUCCAUCUCAUGGUGUUUGUUAUAUUCCGUAUGCUGGACGGGAACAUCCACAUCGAGUUUAUCAAAUUCUUCGAUCCAAUGGUAUUGAAUUCUGUUGGGUACCUUCGGCUGAUGGUGCAACGCCAACCGGUGCCGUUCAGGGUGGUAAAACCAUGGAAGGUGAAAAUCUUUAUAUUGGACGAACCUUUCAUAAUGGAUCUCAUUGUAUAGGUAAAAUUCAUCCAAGUCAUGGACGAUUGUACAUUCCCUUUGGUGGUGAAGAACAUGGAUUCAGCACUUAUGAAGUUCUGUGUAUCAAAACAGUUCACCUUUAAUUAGAAGGUGCAAUCAAAGUGUUGACCGAUUUUCAUCCUAUCCAAUGAUAAAUUAAAAAGCUAUUUAAACCUUCGA